AUGGCCGUCACGAAACGAGCAGGGCGUAAGAAGGAUGCCGCUCAAGCACAACCACAAGGCCGGCCUGCUGCUGGUGGCGCGGGAGGCCAGCCCGCAAUCCGGAAGGCCGCUUACGAGACUUCGAAGAAGAAAGAGGUCGGAGUGUCAGACUUGACCUUGAUCAGCAAGAUCUCCAAUGAGGCAAUCAACGACAAUCUCAAGAAGCGCUUUGAGAAUGCGGAGAUCUAUACGUACAUCGGGCAUGUGCUGGUCUCGGUCAACCCGUUCCGCGACCUGGGCAUAUAUACCGAUCAAAUACUAGAGAGCUACCAGGGCAAGAAUAGGCUGGAGGUACCGCCACAUGUCUUCGCUAUCGCGGAGAGUAUGUACUACAACAUGAAAGCGUACAACGAGAACCAAUGCGUUAUCAUCUCUGGAGAGUCUGGGGCAGGCAAGACGGAGGCGGCGAAGCGCAUUAUGCAAUACAUCGCGAACGUGUCUGGUGGAAGCGAUUCAAGCAUCCAGCAAAUCAAGGAGAUGGUACUCGCGACUAACCCGCUGUUGGAGAGUUUUGGCAAUGCUAAGACGUUACGCAACAACAACUCGAGUCGCUUCGGCAAGUAUCUUGAGAUCCAGUUCAAUGCGCAAGGAGAGCCCGUUGGAGCCAACAUCAACAACUACCUGCUCGAAAAGUCACGAGUGGUUGGCCAGAUUCGGGACGAAAGGAGUUUUCACAUAUUCUACCAAUUCACGAAAGCGGCAAGUCAAGAGCACCGUACCGAUUUCGGCAUACAGCAGCCUUCCACAUAUGCGUAUACGAGCAAGAGCAAAUGCUACGAUGUGGCGGGAAUUGACGACGUGGCGGACUUCAAGGACACCCUAAAUGCGAUGAAGGUCAUUGGUAUGACGCAGCAGGAGCAAGAUCAAAUCUUCCGGAUGCUGGCUGCGGUACUGUGGAUCGGCAACGUUUCGUACGUGGAAGAUGAUGCAGGGAAUGCGGCUGUGCACGACCAGAGUGUGAUCGACUUUGUUGCAUACCUGCUGGAGGUGGAGUCACCGCACGUCAACAAGGCGCUCACGACGCGCAUUAUUGAGACGUCGCGCGGCGGUCGCAGAGGUUCAGUCUACGACUCGCCGAUGAACAUCGCACAAGCAACCGCCACUCGCGACGCUUUGGCGAAAGGAAUAUACACGAACAUGUUCGACUGGAUCGUGCAGCGCGUGAAUCAGUCACUUCGCGCUCGCGGCGCACUUGCGCACUCGAUUGGUAUCUUGGAUAUUUACGGCUUUGAGAUCUUCGAGCGCAAUUCUUUCGAGCAGCUAUGCAUCAAUUAUGUCAAUGAAAAGCUACAGCAGAUCUUCAUCCAGCUCACGCUCAAGACCGAACAAGAAGAGUAUGAGAGGGAGCAGAUCCAGUGGACGCCGAUCAAGUACUUUGACAACAAGGUCGUGUGCGAGUUGAUCGAGGAAAAACGACCGCCUGGCGUCUUUGCAGCGCUGAACGAUGCAUGUGCGACUGCUCAUGCCGACCCUGCAGCCGCAGAUCAGACCUUCGUUCAGCGGCUCAACGCGCUGUCAGGUAAUCCCAACUUCGCACCGCGGCAGGGACAGUUCGUUAUCAAGCACUAUGCCGGCGAUGUUAACUACGCUAUUGAAGGCAUGACGGACAAGAAUAAAGACCAGCUGCUCAAGGAUAUUCUCAACUUGGUGGCAGAGAGCAGCAAUCAGUUCGUGCACACUCUGUUCCCGAAUGAAGUUGACCAGGACAACAAGCGAAGACCACCCACAGCCGGCGACAAGAUCAAAGCAUCCGCGAACGAUCUCGUGGCUACUCUCAUGAAGUGCACUCCUAGCUACAUCCGUACAAUCAAGCCGAACGAGAAUAAGUCGCCCACGGAGUACAACACCGCAAACGUCAUGCAUCAGAUAAAGUAUCUCGGUCUGCAAGAGAACGUGCGCAUCCGACGGGCUGGAUUUGCCUACCGUCAAACCUUCGAAAAGUUCGUCGAGCGCUUCUACCUUCUUUCGCCGAAGUGUAGCUACGCUGGUGAGUACACGUGGACGGGUGACGCCCGCUCCGGUGUGCAACAGAUUCUCAAGGAUACCAGUAUCCCGAAAGAAGAGUGGCAGAUGGGAGUCACGAAAGCGUUCAUCAAGACGCCGGAAACAUUGUUUGCGCUCGAGACAAUGCGAGAUCGGUACUGGCACAACAUGGCUAUCCGGAUCCAGCGGGCGUGGCGGAACUAUCUGAGAUAUCGCAUUGAGUGUGCGACACGAAUUCAGAGGUUUUGGCGUAAGAAGAGCGGUGGCGAGCCGUUCCUUGUGCUGCGUGAUGAAGGCACAAAACUGCUCGCUGGACGGAAAGAGAGGCGGCGCUUCUCAUUGUUGGGUUAUAGACGCUAUCUCGGCGACUAUCUGGGUAUCGACAACCAGGGUGGCACUGGCGAGCUACUUCGAAGGAGUGCUGGCAUUGGCUCGGGCGAGAAGACAUUCUUCUCCUGCCGCUGCGAAGUCCUCGUGUCGAAGCUCGGUCGCAGUAGCAAGCCUGAACCACGCUUCUUGGUGUUGACUAGCAAGGCCGUCUAUAUCAUCAAGCAAGCGCUCGUCAACAAGCAGCUGCAGAUCUCGUCCGAGCGGACUAUUCCGCUCGGAGCGAUCAAGUUUGUCAGUGCAAGCAAUCUCAAGGACGACUGGUUCGCCAUCGGUGCUAGUAGUCCGCAAGAGCCGGACCCACUGGUAAACUGCAUUUUCAAGACGGAGUUCUUCACGCAGCUCCGAAACGCCUCGCGAGGAGCCGUUCAGCUGCAAAUAGGGGAUACUGUGCAGUACAACAAGAAGCCGGGCAAGCCUUCCACUAUCAAAGCGGUGAAAGAUCCAUCUGUGAGAAGGGACGAUGUGUACAAGUCUGGUCAAAUCCUGACGGGCCCGGGCGAGCCACCAAACUCUGUCUCAAAGCAGACUCCUAAAGGCAGGCCAGUUGCUGCCAAGGCUAUUACUACGGGCAAGCUCUUGAAGAAGAGCGAAGGCGGAAAGCUGUCACAGCAGGCGGCGCAGCGGAAGCCGAUACCGCAGAGUCGACCUCUACCCGGACAAACCUUCCAUCAGCCGGCGCCUCACACACAGCCCGUUUCUGCGCUCACAAAUGGGACAGUGACGGGACAUAAUCGCAAUGUUUCGACCGCUUCGACUGCAUCUGCAGCGUCUGGGAGAAUUCCGCCGCCGCCACCACCACCUGCAGCAGUGGUGCAGCCGCCGAAGGAUCCGGAAUACAGGGCUUUGUAUGAGUUCGUGGGACAGACGGGUGGAGAGCUGAGCUUGGACAAGGGCGAAGUGGUUGUUAUUACCCAGAAAGAGAACAACGGCUGGUGGCUAGCUCGUCGACCAGACCACUCCGCUUCAGGCUGGGCGCCUGCCGCAUACCUCGAAGAGGUCAAGCCACCGCCCCCUCCCGUCGUCGCACCAGCAGGCAUACGGCCUCCGCCUCCUCCUGCGCCCGCGGCGACACGAACGAACGGCGCUUCGAAUGGUGCUCCUGCGCCAGCGACGAGAGGCAAGCCGACACCGCCUGCGCCUCCGGCGAAGCGACCUGCAGGACGCAAGCCUGUGGUGGGCAAUACGCCGCGAGACAGCGGGUACUCCAACGGCGGUACGCCGGAUGGAGCUGCUAGCGGCGCUGCGACACCUAAUGGUUCAGCGGGCGGUGCUGGGAUUGCGGGAGGCUUGGCUGAGGCAUUGCGGGCGAGACAAAAGGCUAUGCAUAACCGCGACGAUGAUGAGGCCGAUUGGUGA